AUGGCCAGCUCCCAGCCGACCUCUCCCACCGCUGCCGCCGCAGCUACCGCCGCCGCCGCCGCCGCCGCCCUUCCGAAGGACCCCCUCGGCGCCGACAGCAGCAAGACCCCGGUCCAGGACGACGUGCUCGCCCUCCGGGCCACCCAAGAGGAGGCGAACGCCGCCGCGGCCGCCGCGCAGCGCCUCGCCAAGGAGCGGCAGGCCGAGCGCGACGCCGCCCUGGCGCGCGCCCUCCAGGCCGAGGAGGAGGCCGAGGCCACCGCCGCCCCUCCGGAGUCCUCCGGAUCCGCCCUGGGUCCCCAUGCCGCCCCGGCCGACCUCCAUGCUGCCAUGAUCCUCCACGAAGCUGCCGCGCUUCUGAAUCUGCAUGCCCAGGUGGUCGCCGUCCACAACAUCCGAAGUCUCAUCCCCAUCGUCCUCGACGUCGACUCCGGUAAUUUUAAUCGCUGGCGUGAUCAGUUUAUGCUGACCCUCGGCAAGUUCUCCCUGCAGGAUCACGUCCGCCUCGCCUCACCGGCCCCUGCCUCCCCGGACUGGGCCUGGAUGGACUGCGUGGUCAAGUCCUGGAUUCUCGGCACCCUCACCGACGACCUCGCCGAAGUCAUCUCCUCCCAGGGCUCCACCGCUAGGGAUGCCUGGCUCGCCGUCGAGUCUCAGUUCCUCAGCAACCAGGAGGCGCGCGCCAUCCAGCUUGAGACGAAGUUUCGCACCUUCGUCCAAGGCGAUCUCUCCGUCACCGACUAUUGCCGCCGAUUCAAGAAGAUGGCGGAUGAUCUUGGUGCCCUCGGCGAGAUCAUCACCGACCGCACCCUCGUCCUCAACGUGAUCCACGGCCUCAACGAGCGCUUCGCCCACGUCGGGACGCUCCUUCGCCGCAGUCGGCCCUUCCCCUCCUUCCUGGAGGCGCGCGACGACCUCAUCCUGGAGGAGCUCACCCUGGAGAACCGGCAAACCUCCCCUGCCGCUGCCCUCGCCGCCUCCACCACCAAGUCCUCGGCUAGCGCCCCUCCUCAGCAGUCCGGCGCCGGUUCUGGGGGCGCUAGCACCGGGAACGGUUCCAAGGCCGCCAACAGCCGUCGCAGCAAGCGCGGUGGCAGUGGCGGGGGCGGUGGCGGCGGCGGCGGCACUGGCAGGAGCGGCCAGCGUUCCACCACCAGCGCCCCACAACAGCAGCAGGCUGGCGGCGCCCAGCCUGCGCCCGACGCCAAGAGCGCCGCCCCUCCCGGUGCCACGUGGCCCACCUUCUACAACCCCUGGACGGGGACCAUCCAGAUGUGGCCUGGUCCCCGCCCUCCGCUGGCGCCCAUCCCCCAGCCUCGUCCUCAGCAGCAGCAGGCCUUCGUCGCGCAGCAGCCGCCUGCUGCCGCACCUACUGCCGCUGAGGGGGUCGGCCAGUGGGCCGCACCAGGGUUCUACAACCCCAUGACCGGCCUCCCCUCCUGGGAUCAGCAGUCCCUAGCCUCUGCGUUCAGCACGGCAUCGCUGAACCAGCCUUAG